UUGUAGCCGCCAUGGUCGCUCGGCUGUGUCGAUAAAGUACCAGCUCGAAUCUUGUCAUUGUCCCUUUGCUUCUUCUUCGACUUCCUCGUUUUGAAUUAUUCCUGCCUACUUUGUUGGUGUCGCUCAAAUUCCAACACCUUCAAUCUCUCAUUCCCCCCUCCCAUCAAUUUGUCUGCAUUCCAUCAACUGCAGCUUGAACGUGCUGCCUGUGGAGCCCUAGGCAAUAGUUCUAUUAAUUUGUGUCCGAUAAUUCUACGAGUCCAUCUGUUAGGUGCCACAUUCCAUUGAAAUUGUCUCUGGUACGGCAUUAUGUCUGGCCCCAUGUACAAUGACCAAUAUUAUGCGACUUCACGUCGCCAUUCUCUUGUUACACCCCCUCCUUCAAUGACUCCACGACAAAGUCGAAUGCGCAGCCAGAGUGUCAGAGUUAGCAACGGCACCACCAGCACAGAUACCAGCGUCUCCAGUGGAAGGAUGUCAGAGGCUACAAAUCUCACUCAACCCCCGGCAUAUUCGAAAAAGUUCGUCGUGGUCGGUGACGGAGGAUGUGGGAAAACAUGCCUGUUGAUCAGCUAUUCCCAAGGGUACUUCCCUGAGAAAUAUGUUCCCACAGUAUUUGAAAAUUAUAUCACGCAGACGACUCAUCGACGAUCGGGAAAGACAGUGGAAUUGGCGCUUUGGGACACUGCUGGCCAGGAAGAAUACGACAGACUACGUCCGCUUUCCUACCCGGAGACCGACUUAUUGUUUGUUUGCUUUGCCAUAGACUGCCCGGCCUCUUUGGAAAAUGUUGUGGACAAGUGGUACCCUGAGGUUUUGCAUUUCUGCCCGACGACCCCGAUUAUUCUUGUAGGUUUGAAAUCGGACUUGCGCAAUAAGCGGACCUGUAUCGAGCUUCUGAAAACCCAAGGCCUAACCCCUGUGACACCCGAGCAAGGUGAAACGGUAGCUCGCCGGAUGAAUGCCUCCUAUGUGGAGUGCAGUAGCAAAGAAAUGCGCGGUGUGGACAAUGUCUUUCAACUCGCUGUCGACACUGUGGUUUCCUUCGAAGAGGAAAGUUGGAAUACUCCUCGGACAGACAACAGCGGGGUUAAACCUAGGGUAGGAGGUAAGAAGGUCAAGAAGCGCACUUGCAAGAUCUUGUAGGCCGGAUUUCCUCCCACUAUGACCCCUUGUUUCUUUUUCCUGGCACACGAAUUCCCUACCUUAAAUGCAAGGCCUGGUUGCUUUGACAUGUCUCCUUCGCACUCACUUCGCUCGACGUGUUACUAGCGCACGUUGGAUAUAAAAGUGACCCUGACGACCGUUUCUUCAACACAUCUGCAAUUUCACUUUCCUCAUCUCUACCCUUUUGUCCUUGGUCUCCCCCCAUCGGCCGUUUUCCUUCCCCCCCCCCCC